AUUUUUAAAGUCUGGCAGCCCACAGCAGUUCACAGUUGGUUUUACUGCCUCUAUAUUUACCUUUUAUCUAUUUCAUAAUUUCCUCACGAUCGUUUAUGAAGGCCUUAAGAUAAGCAAGAUACUCAAAUGACUUCACAGAUUUACAAUCAAAAGAAGUUCAUACCCACAGCGCCAGAAAAGGGCAGCUUUCCGUUAGAUCACGAGAGCUUGUGUAAGAAGCACUUCUUGAUUUACGCCAGUUGCUUGCGCCGCAACGACAACGACAACUCCAAGUGCCGGGCUGAAGCAAAAGAGUAUUUGGGCUGUCGCAUGGAAAAUAAUCUUAUGGAAAAAACAGAAUGGGCGAAACUGGGCUUUCCGGAAAAGGAACAACCGACAGUGAAAGAACAGCAACAAUAGCAAUGAAGCCGGAACGCAAUCUUUUAAUUGCAGCCACAGGCAGCGUGGCCACCAUUAAGAUGGUGCAAAUGAUAUCCGAAUUCAGCGACGACAAGCUGCCCUACAAAUUUAAUAUUAAAGUCAUCAUAACGGAGCAUGCGAAGCAUUUUUUUGAACUGGAAGAGGUGCCGGAGCAUGUACCCAUUUUACAUAACCGAGACGAGUGGCUCACCUGGAAUAAACGCGGCGAUCCGGUAUUACACAUUGACCUAGGCAAAUGGGCCGACCUUAUGUUAAUUGCACCACUCAGUGCCAACUCUCUAGCCAAAAUAGCCAGCGGUAUUUGCGAUAAUUUGAUGUUGUGCGUGGUUCGUGCUUGGGAUUUGGAGAAGCCACUGUUCUUUGCACCGGCCAUGAAUACACGCAUGUACGAUCAUCCCAUUACGCGCGAGCAGAUUGACAAACUAAUUAAAUGGGGUUACAAAGAGAUUCCCUGUAUAUCGAAAACUCUUAUGUGUGGUGAUACCGGCAACGGGGCCAUGGCAGAGGUGUCCACAAUUGUUUCUAUAGUGGUUGGCACACUUACAUUGCCUUUGUAAAUACUAAAUUCUUUGUUCUAGUUAAAAAUAAAAAGCAUUUUGUUAAAAUUAAA